AAUGGACAAACUUGUGACAUUGGAGAAACUAUUAAUUCGGAGGAGGAGAGCGUAUCUAAUAGAAUUCGACAAGUUUCCCCAUCUCAGGGUCCAACACUGCCCAUUUUGCAGAAAAUUAUCAAUUUAAGUGAUAAAAUUCAGAAUUUGAAGAAAGAACACUCAAAUCUCUCUAAUCAAGUAAAGACUGCCAAGGAUUCCUUUCUUGGCCCCAAUAUUUUAGACACCCUUCAAAAACUCGGUAAUGAAUAUGAACUUCUUAAAAAGAAGUAUCUACAAGAGUUGUCUGAGAGGAAGAGGCUUUACAAUGAGGUGAUCAAGCUUAAAAGGAAUAUUAGGGUCUUCUGUAGAUGCAGACCACUAAAUCAAGUCGAAAUAACAAAUGGUUCGAAGUAUGUAGUUGAAUUUGACUCUUCCCAAGAUAAUGAGUUGCAGAUCACUUCCUCUGAUUCUUCCAAAAAGCAAUUUAAGUUUGACCAUGUUUUUGGGCCUGAGGAUAAUCAAGAGGCUGUUUUUGUACAAACUAAACCAAUAGUCGCUUCAGUUUUGGAUGGCUACAAUGUCUGCAUAUUCGCCUAUGGACAAACUGGAACUGGAAAGACAUUUACUAUGGAGGGCAGCCCAGAAAAUAGGGGAGUGAACUACAGAACAUUGGAUGAGUUGUUCUCAAGAGAGAAGUGGCAUUAUGAGAUAUGGUCCUUUUUGUUAGUAUGAUGGAGGUUUACAAUGAGAAGAUAAGGGACCUCUUGAUUGAUAGUUCCAACCAACCGCCUUAAAAGUUGGAGAUAAAACAAACUGCUGAAGGAACACAAGAAGUCCCAGGACUUGUUGAAACUCGGGUGACUGGCACGGAGGAUGUGUGGGAUUUACUCAAGUCUGGAAGUCGGGCCAGGUCUGUUGGAUCAACCAGCGCUAAUGAGCUUAGCAGCCGUUCUCAUGGGUAAAAAUGAACUCUGCUUUCUUUUCUUGGUUUAUUCUUUCUAAGAAUAUACUUUAUGGUAUAUCACAUUUAAUAGCAACUAAAUAGUUUUUUGGAUC